AUGGACUCAGAAUGGGUGAACACUUCUCUCGGCCUCAAUGUUAUUCCUUUCCACCCUGCUAGUUAUGAUCAAGCUCCUGUGAAGAAGCAACUAGAGCUUGAAGGGGAUUAUGCUAAAGUAUUUGAAGGCCAUGCAUCGGUGAAACAAGAGGCAGCAGCUAGCCAUGUAUUGACUGAAGAGUUGAAUAGGCUAAGUUUGGAGAACAAGAAGCUGACUGAGAUGCUUACGGCUCUCUGUGAAAACUACACCAAUUUGCAAUCCCAUGUGAAGGAGUUGAUGAUCACCAAGCAGCAAAGCUCUGAUCAAAACGAUUUGGCUACAAACUUCAACAAGAAGCGAAAACCGGACAGCGAAGACUACAUGAUUGGAUUAACUAGUCCUGGGACUAAUACUGAGACCAGCUCCAUCAGUGAUGAAGAGUACCCAUGUAAGAGGCCGAAGGAGAACAUGAACUUGAAGAUUUCUAGGGUUCAUGUACGCACUGAAGCCUCUGAUACACGCCUGAUUGUGAAGGAUGGAUAUCAAUGGAGAAAAUAUGGUCAAAAGGUCACGAGAGAUAACCCAUCUCCUAGGGCUUACUACAAGUGCUCCUUUGCCCCAAGUUGCCCAGUUAAAAAGAAGGUGCAAAAAAGUGCGGAAAAUCCAUGUGUGUUGGUGGCUACAUAUGAAGGAGAACAUAACCAUAUGCACCCUGAAACCAGAGCUGAAGUAACAUUGAUAGGCUCAAUAUCUCCAGACCAGCAGCUUAGUCCGCUUUCUCCAUCCAUGCCCAAGAGAACAUCGCCAGUUCCAACUUUCUCAUGUGACAAAAAUAAUAAUCUGAGCCCCCGAGAAAUCGAAGGCGCUCCACCGGCUUUUCAACAGUUUCUGGUCCAACAAAUGGCUUCUUCCUUGACCAAAGAUCCCAAUUUCGCAUCUGCACUUGCUGCUGCCAUGUCAGGAAGAUUUUCAGACCAUUCUCGGAUGGGAAAAUGGUGA